CGAUCCGAAACUUUUAUGAAAAGAUCCGAACAUCCAAACACAGCAAACAAAACCGUUGAAAUGGCAUAAAGAAUUAUCCAUCUUUUUUAAAGAAGUAGGUCUAUUAGAGACGAGUCAAUGCUUAGACACAGAACUUGUGGUGCUUUCUCGGCAGAACUUGGAAAAGUUACCUGACGCUUUGGAAACGUUGGUGGAGAAGCUGAUGCAGUGUUUGGAACAACACAUCGAUGCUAGAGAGGAAGUGUUGGAAAAAGCUGACAAGACACAUCACGGUUUAUUGGUGACAAAACGCAAACGAUCCGAUAAUCCUGAAGAACAAAGAGAAGAAGAUGAGAAAGAUCGAGUGAAACGAUUGGAUGGAGAGCAGAUACAGAUCAGAGCAACUACGAAGGAGGUGGAUCAGCGGAUCAAUAACUUUAUACAAGCGAAACAACAUGAACUGGACGAAAGUAAUCGAACAGAGUUUUUAAACCAACGCGAUCCGUCUGCGGAUGACAUUACAUGCGCGAGAACCGAUGCACGAGAGAUUAACCGAAACAUACAAAUGAAAUUUGAUAUUGUAAAUAAUGAAGACGGUCCAUUGGCACGCUCGCGGACAACCCAGGAGGAGCCGAAAAGACCAACAGGAGUGGAUAAAGCAAGCAGUACGUCUACGGGAGCAGAUGUGUCAGAAAGGCUGAAUAAUCUACAAGAGCACUUGAACGUCAAGUUUGAUAGUACGGCAAAACCACCGUUUUCGAUAUUUGAAAGGAUCAAAAUACUUGAAAACACGUUGAUGGAAAUAGAACGGCAAUAUCCAACAUGGGCAGCCGUUCACUUUCAUCAACCCAAUCGUAAUUUUCCUCCUCCGCCACCGGUUACUUACAUUAGCCGUCCAAACAAUCAAGCUGUGAAUAAUACGACGGGUAUGAUACCAUCACAGCAACAGCUACAUGGUUCCGAUAAGGAGACGGUGAACAAUGAAGCUACUUACCUUUCUACGCAAAUCACCACAGCGGCGCCGCAACAACGAGUGAUAAGAACGCAAGGCAGAGCCAACUCCUCCUUGACGCGCGCUGUGUUGGAUCAAUUAAAUAGACAAAAACAAAUUUCUGUUACAAAACAGACCAUCGAAUCAUCGAAUCCUUAAUUUAUUGAUAUUAAAAGACAAUGUGUCUGUCUCGUCUGAUCAUCUAUACAGAAAGGAGGAUGAGGAGAGGACAAAACAUCUUUUUUAUUGGUGUAUGUGUAUGUGUGUGUGUCUA